AAUAUAUAAGCAGCAGCCACUCCUGCAUGGAGACAUCCUUCUGAACUGAAACCAAGAGCGAUUACAGCUGCAGAGAAUCCCAUUGAUUAUAUUCAGGAUUUAAGAGAGGAAAGAAAAAGAGCAGAUCUGGUUCUACAGGAAACUUACAAGAACCAAUCAGAGAUGGAGCUUCUGACAACCGCCUUAGUCAUCGCUCUCCUGUCUAUAACAGCAUCCGCUAAGCCGAUUGGUUGGCGUCGGCAUCAGGAUGCUGACAUCGCUGAAAAUGACCUGAUGCAAGGAUGGCUGGGGAUGAAUUACAGGGGGUCUUCGUGGUCUGCAGAAUCUUCGAGCUACAGUGACUCAUCUUCAGAGUCGAGUGAGUCACUGGAGUCUGAAUCUAGUGAAUCUUCAGAGAGUGAAUCUUCAGAGAGUGAAUCUUCAGAGAGUCAGUCUUCAGAGAGUCAGUCUUCGGAGGAGUCCUCUGAGGAACGUCCAUUCACCGAUCAGACAACUAUGGGCGUGACCCCCACUGCCAUGACAACCAUCACUAAUGUAAAAAGGAGUACGCCGACCCCUGAGCCAGGCACAGGGAGCACAGAUGGGCCGACUGAUUCAGGGAGAACCGUCCCGCCAGCAACACCGACCCCAUCUGAUGGUAUCACGUCAUCUGGAUGUACUGAGUGUUUUAUCUUGACGAUUCCAACGGCAGUUCCCAUCACAGAAAAUAGAGGAGACAACUAACCAACGGCAUUCAUAUGCCAGUCAAAUGUAAUCUUUCUCACAUGUCUCUUGUGUUGUUAUGACAGGUUAAGUAUCACAAAGAUUUCCAUUCUAUAAAUGUCUGUUAUGCCUAUGGCCUGCUGAAUAAAGUCCUUACAUUAGCAGUUUUAUUAGCUGGGCAAAAUUCCCGAGGAAAAUCAUAGGUGGCGCUUUCAGAUAAAAAACUACCUGUUACAGUAUCAAGUAUUAAGAUGCAUGUCCUUUAAUGACCACUAGAUGCUUGAUAAAAAAAAGCAAGUUAGCAUCCAUAUAGGCCUGCAGUGUGUAAAGCUGGGGUAGGUAAACCUCUUUAAAAAAACUUUUAGUUAAAAAUUCUCUCUACAACACUGCAGCAUAUAAUACAUUUGGAGCUAUGACAAAGACACAUUUAUAUCGGUGGCUGUUAAAUGUAUUCAGCCUGAAUGAAAUGGUUGGACAGUCAACAUGCCCGUCAACUUGGGCGGACUGAAGCUAACCAGCCAUGUUUGUUUUUUGCUUAUUAUGAUGUUCAUAAUGAAUAUGUUGAGUUACUGAUUUUGGAGGGAGGUCUAAGAAGACUGACAGUUAUGCCAACUUUCCCACCAGAUUCUGUGACUUUUAAAAGCUAAUGCUGCUAGCUUCUUUGAUUGGAAAAGAGUUAACAACAUUCAAUUGUGAGUUUUGGUUUAAUCAAUUGCAGCACUUUGGUCAACUCUGUUGUUUUUAAAUGUGUUAUAUAAAUAAAGUUGGAUUGGAAUUGAAAAUCGUAUGAACUCUUUCUGGCUUCUCCAAUGUAUCAAAAGAUAGAGACCAGAUCAAAUAAAUAUGGUUAUAGUACAUGAAUAAAAAUGUUGCUCAAUCGUGUUUACCCUUACUGUAGGUAUUACCCAAUCAAAAAAGUACCAGCAGGAUUUUUUUGGUUGAUUUCUUUCAGUGUGUCAAAAUAGUUAUUUCUGUUUUUCUUCAUAAAUCUGUGUGUAAACUACUGUUUGACGUAUUUAUCUAAGUCUUUUGUAAGUAUAUUGUGUAGCACCUGUUACACAAGCUUGUUACAAUAAGUUUUAUACAACAUUUUACAGAGAAAUCCAGAGUAUGAAACCCACAGUAGGGUGUGUCCUGUUGUUCAGCAUGUAAAGGCAUCAGAAGAGAGCAAACAACACAAACUGAGUUAUUGCCACAGUGGCUUGGAUAAUUAUGGGUUGUGAAUUCAUAUUUUCCCAAACUAUAUAAAGCUUAGAGGGCUGGAUACAAUACCUUCAUAUUUUUGGUUUGUUUUUUAUUUUGUUGAACUGAAUCUAAUCUGUAUAAUUAAUUUGUUGUAACUGUUCUGUUUUUUCUUCUGAAGGAAAAUAAAAAAUCUUAAUUACAA